AGCGUCCAUCACAGCUUCACUCCGCCAUAGCCAGCGAACCGAUCCGUUCGUGGCGGACGGCGCGUACCUACCCGUAUCUCGUAAAUCGCGAACACAAAAUUAAUAACGAAUUGUGCCGUCGUGUUUUUGUUUUUGUUGUUUUGAUGUUUACUGUGUGAUAUUUAUCAAAAUGGGUGGUUUCAAACGAUACCAUAGUAGUGUCUUACUAUUGGCUGUUACGUGUGCGGUAUCGUUAGCACAGAAGAGCAGAAUAGAAGACACGAAUAUACAAGCGGUGCCCAGCGACCUGCGGCGAGCGGUUAGCGAGGCGUUAGCCUUAGAGAGGAGGUUCCACUUGGGCGCUAACGAUGCGCAUAAUUGUACAUCAGAAUAUGAAGAUAUUAGUACGACUCCUUGCCCGCCCAGCAAGUACCGCAGCGCUAGCGGGGAGUGCAAUAAUGUUAGACACAGGCCAUGGGGACGACGAGGAGAUGUCUUCCUGAGGUUGUUACCUCCAAACUAUGCUGAUGGUGUAUCUCUCCCGCUAUCCUCACCUCACUUACCAGAGCCCACGCUAGCCGUGCAAGCAGCCGCACAGCUAACAGAGCCAGCUGAACAUGAUUACGUCACCAGCAUGCUGGCCGCCUGGGGACAGUUCAUCAUGGACGAUCUCAUCGCGACCGCCAAUGGGAACAAGAAAUGCGAAUCGUCGUCGUGCGAAUAUGUGCGCUCAGCUCCGACCAGGAAUCUAGACUCGUGCGGUUUCGAGGUGCGAGAACAAAUGAAUAUGGCAACAGCAUUCCUCGAUGGUUCAGCGCUAUACGGCAGCUCGGAGAAGGAACUUCUUUCCUUGAGGCUAUAUGAUGCUGGAAAACUAGACUUAGGAGCAUGUCGCAAAUGCAACGACGGCACACCUACCGCGCCUCUAUACAAAGCUCUAUUCUCCGAACACAAUCGUAUCGCAGGGGAGCUCUACGCAAUGAACCCAUUCUGGGAUGACGUCACACUGUUCCUCGAGACCAGACGUGCUAUGGCAGCCAUGAUACAGCAUAUAACAUACAAUGAGUUCCUGCCAGUGUUGUUAGGCGAAGUGGGUAUGGCAAAGGCAGAAUUAAAGCUUACAUCACUAGGUUUUUGGCGAAGCUAUUCGAGUACCAACCGCGCCGGCGCCUACGCAGAACUUAUCGCCGUUGCACCUAUUUUCAAUGCAAUGAUGCAUGAAAACUUAAUCAACGAUACAUCUUCUAUAAUGGAUUUAGUUAAGACGAGUGCACACAAAGUGUCCAAAUUUCCGGGAUCAGCGCAAUGGGACUUGAAUCGUUCUAGAGACCACGGCGUAGCAUCUUAUUUGCGAGCGCUGCGUCUAUGUGAACCAAUGGUUAAUGUCAAAUCGUACGCUGACUUCGAAAAGCUAGGAUUCAAUAGAGCUCAGCAAGAAAUGAUGGCGGACAUGUACAGGAAUGCUGAAGAUGUGGAGCUAAUGAUCGGUGGUGCGAUGGAAAAAGCGGCAUCCGGAGCUGUUAUUGGUUCAACAUUAGCUUGCGUGUUAGCUCUACAAUUUGCCAAUAUGAAGAAGAGCGACAGGUUCUGGUAUGAAAACGAUAUCCCUCCAUCAUCUUUCUCUCCCGAGCAACUAGCUGCUGUAAGGAAGGUUUCGCUCGCUGGUCUGUUAUGUGCUGCGGAAGAAAAUCUCGGCAAAAUCCAACCGAAAGCAUUCGUCAAAGAAGAUCCUUUCUUAAACGCAGCACAGCAUUGCUCGCAACACAAUCGCUUAGAACUAUCCGCGUGGCGUGACGAGACAGGCGCUAAAGCGGCCGAGAGGUUGUCACAGGAUAUGCUAACUGCUGCGCUCGAGAAAGCCAAACAGGAGAUGGCAGAUAGAAAGAAACUUGAAUACAUGCUUUGGGAAUCACGUGGAGGUGCCGAUCCCAAGUCCCCAGUGGGUACUGCAGCGUCCUUCUCUAAAGCAAACAAAUACGCUUUAAAACUCGCCAACACUUCUCUCUUCUUUGAAUUUGCCACCAAUGAGCUGCUCAAUACCGUUAAUACCGGACACCGUCGCAAGCGUCAAAUAUUCGACGAUUCGCUUAGCUUCUCUGCCAACGAUUUUGUGGACUCCCUGCAGUCUGUGGACGUGAGCGGCUUUCUCGGCCAGGACCAGCAGGGACCGAGCAUCGAGCCUCAGUGUGACGACAACGGCGGCUGCGAUGCCAACAACCCCUUCAGAACAUACACUGGAUACUGCAACAAUCUCCGUAAUCCCAAUCUAGGAAAGAGUUUGACGACCUUCGCUAGACUAUUACCACCAGUGUAUGAAGAUGGUGUGAGCAGACCCCGCAUCAACUCAGUGACAGGCACGCCGCUGCCCUCGCCGCGCAUCAUCUCGACUGUCAUCCACCCUGACAUCUCCAAUCUGCACACCCGCUACACGCUCAUGGUGAUGCAGUUCGCACAGUUUGUAGACCACGAGCUUACCAUGACGCCCAUUCAUAAAGGUUUCCACGAGUCUAUUCCCGACUGCCGGUCCUGUGAUUCUCCACGCACUGUGCACCCCGAGUGCAACCCCUUCCCGGUGCCGCGCGGCGACCACUACUACCCCGAGGUCAACAUCACCUCCGGCGAGAGGCUCUGCUUCCCCUUCAUGAGGAGUCUGCCCGGACAGCAGCAUUUAGGUCCCCGUGAGCAAGUGAAUCAGAAUACAGCGUUUCUGGACGCAUCAGUCAUAUACGGAGAGAACCCAUGCAUAGUACGGAAACUGCGUGGCUUCAAUGGACGCCUCAAUGCCACCGACCAUCCGCUUAACGGCCGCGACCUUCUGCCGCGCUCCGACAGCCAUCCAGAGUGCAAGGCGCCUAGUGGCUUUUGUUUCAUUGCUGGUGAUGGCAGAGCAUCAGAACAGCCGGGUCUAACCGCUAUUCACACAAUCUUCCUCCGCGAACAUAACCGCCUGGUAGAAGGUCUACGAGGUGUCAACCCGCAUUGGGACGCUGAGCUGCUUUUCGAACACACCCGUCGCAUCGUCGCUGCGGAGCUUACACACAUCAUCUUCAACGAAUUCUUACCUCGACUUCUCUCAUGGAACGCUGUCAAUCUUUAUGGACUCAAAUUGUUGCCAGCAGGUUACUAUAAGGACUACUCACCGACUUGCAAUCCAGCGAUAGUAACCGAAUUCGCAGCAGCGGCGUUCCGUUUCGGCCACUCGCUACUGCGCCCGCACCUGCCGCGUCUCUCACACAACUUCCAGCCUGUGGAGCCUCCGAUCCUCUUGCGCGACGGAUUCUUUAGACCUGACAUGUUUAUGAGCCACCCGCAACUGGUCGAUGAACUGAUGCGCGGUCUAUCCUCUACUCCUAUGGAAACACUGGACCAGUUUAUAACCGGGGAGGUCACAAACCACUUGUUCGAGGACCGCAAGAUACCAUUCUCUGGAAUCGAUUUAAUCGCCCUCAAUAUCCAAAGAGCUAGAGACCACGGAAUACCGAGUUAUAACAACUAUAGAGCUCUGUGCAACUUGAAGAGGGCUGCUAACUUCGAAGAUUUAUCAAGAGAGGUUCCCGAUGAAGUUAUUGCACGAUUGAAGAGGAUCUACCCAACAGUGGACGACAUUGACCUAUUCCCUGGGGGCAUGAGCGAGCGGCCAUUGCAGGGCGGUCUUGUAGGACCUACCUUCGCUUGCAUCAUUGCCAUACAAUUCCGACAGCUCAGGAAAUGCGAUCGCUUCUGGUAUGAAAACGACAACCCAGCUAUCAAAUUCACGGAGCAACAAUUGGCGGAAAUUCGCAAAGUAACGAUGUCUAAGGUUUUAUGCGAGAACUUCGAUUUGCAGAGUGACAUGCAACGCGCCGCUUUUGACUUACCCAGCAACUUCUUGAACCCUCGCGUGCCUUGUUCAUCGCUGCCCAAGUUGGACUUAUCGGCGUGGCGCGAAAGCUCCGCCCAGGGCUGCCUGAUCGCGGGCCGCUCGGUCGCAGUCGGCGAGUCCGCCUUCCCCUCACCGUGUACCUCCUGUAUCUGCUCUUCUGAGGGUGCGCAAUGUGCAUCGUUAAGGAUAACAGACUGCGCGCAAUUGCUUCGCGAAUGGCCGCGAGAAGCAGUGCUAAGAGAUGACGUGUGCACAGCGCAAUGUGGCACUGCAGCGCCACCCAACCCUAGCGGCCACCGACGACAACCGAUCAACUUCAAGUUCCCAGACUUAUCGCCCUUUAUAGCAAAGUGAACGAAUAUUACGAGCUCGUAAGCUCUGUGUAAUCCAGUGUGUGCUAUUAAGCUAGUUAAACCAAUUUAUAACGAACUAUGAAUAACUGUAGUAAAAAGUCCCCUGAUUGUGCUUACGACGAAAUUAUGUAAUUAUUGAUACAUUCGUCAACAAUUUUAAAUGAUAGAAAUUUUCAAUAAAAUAAUGCAAAUAUUGUUAUUUUCUAUUACAUAAAAAACGAGCCAAUAAUGCAUAAUUACUUUAAAGCUUCGUUAACAUCAAAGACGUUUGUAAUUUUUGUGAGUAAAAACUUUAUGGUUGAUUGACUAAGAACAUCACGAACAAAUAUUUAAGAUUUUGUAAAUUAUUAGUGACGUUUAGGCCAUAAAUAAAUACUCAAGCUUUAUCCUCUGCUGAAAAAUAAGUUAAUAAAAAAAAGAAUCGAAUGAAAAAAUACAAUAACAUAAAUAACUUAACAAGUUAUUUGUUAAAUGGGUAUUACUCAAAAAAUGAGCACGCAUAAGCAUUCUUACCAAAGUUAUUUAAAAAUAUGAAAUUCAAUCACAUACCUUUAGGUUAGUGAAGAAAAACGAAUGCAACAAGCUCAAAAUCCAUGGCUGUUAGCAAUAAUUUAAAACUCCUAAUUUUAAGGAUAAUGAAUUCUUAAUCAAAUUGAAGUCAUUGUAAAACGGCCAUGUUAGCUUUAAUUUUUUUUAAACAAUUAUUACCAGUGUGGCAAUACCUACUAAAUGUUACCAUUAUCGUACAAUAUUAGAUUCAGUAAUAAAUACAAAAUAUACUAUGUAGCUUGUAAGAAAUCACUGCCUAGUUUUGUGUCUAGGGUUUAAAACGUGUAAAUUAUUUUGUAAAGUAUUGGCAUAAUUAGUAUUAAGAUUUUUAUACUGUAGCUUAUAACUAUUUUAAUUUUAUAAAUACAAAUCUCACCAAUUAUUUAAAA